GCGGACACACGCGAUUGGUGCCGACGAUAGCGCUGGUGAUUCCGCAACACACGGGCAGAGCGAAGGAAGGGAGCCGAGCUGCAACAUAGCCACAUGUUUAAGCUGUCUAUUUGUACAGAACAAUCCUGGAAUUCGCUGUUUUAAAAGAAGAGGAAUACAUUAAAACACCUGAAAUUGAGACAGCGGUGCUGAUAUGAAUCAUUCGUUCAGUGUCUCACGGGAAACCUAGCGGAGUACAGCCGGCGAAUUCAAGCGGAGCCGAAGGAGCCCAACUGUUAGCUAGCCUUAGCCUGUUAGCUACCCGUUAGCUAAGGAGCCGCUAUUCUGUACACUCUCGCCAAGCACCUGCACGUCGGGCUGCCCCGUGGUAUACCUAAUAACUCGGUAACACUCAACGCCUGUUAUAUUUUCAAGUAUUUUUGUUUUUGGACUUCCGAGGGUGACACUACAGGAGGAGAGAACCGUGACAGGUUGAGGUUGGGACCAAGCAGGGCGAAACAAGCGGUGUCCUCAAGUGGCCGUUCACCAUGGACAACGCACACACAAAGACGGUUGAAGAAGUUUACAGCUUUUUCAACGUGAAUGAAAGCACAGGUCUGAGUUUGGAGCAAGUGAAGAAACAACGGGAGCGAUAUGGACCAAACGAAUUGCCAGCUGAGGAAGGUAAAUCCCUUUGGGAACUCGUGAUUGAACAGUUUGAAGAUUUGCUUGUGAGGAUCCUUUUACUUGCUGCCUGCAUAUCUUUUGUCCUGGCCUGGUUUGAAGAGGGAGAAGAAACCGUUACAGCCUUUGUGGAGCCUUUUGUCAUCCUGCUUAUCCUCAUAGCAAACGCCAUUGUAGGAGUCUGGCAGGAGCGAAAUGCAGAAAAUGCCAUUGAGGCACUUAAGGAGUAUGAGCCAGAGAUGGGGAAGGUGUACCGCCAAGACAGGAAAAGUGUCCAGAGAAUCAAGGCCAGGGACAUUGUGCCUGGGGACAUCGUGGAGGUGGCAGUUGGUGAUAAAGUGCCUGCAGACAUCAGGCUGACUUCUAUCAAGUCAACAACACUGAGGGUAGACCAAUCAAUUCUUACAGGAGAGUCUGUGUCUGUGAUCAAACACACUGACCCUGUGCCUGACCCACGUGCUGUCAACCAGGACAAGAAGAACAUGCUCUUUUCUGGCACCAACAUUGCUGCUGGUAAGGCUGUCGGUGUGGUGGUGGCCACAGGUGGCAACACAGAGAUUGGCAAAAUCCGGGAUGAGAUGGCAUCGACAGAGCAGGAGCGCACGCCACUGCAGCAGAAGCUAGAUGAGUUCGGACAGCAACUCUCCAAGGUUAUCACACUGAUCUGCAUUGCUGUGUGGAUCAUCAAUAUUGGACAUUUCAACGAUCCUGUCCAUGGAGGCUCCUGGAUCCGAGGCGCUGUCUACUACUUCAAGAUUGCUGUGGCUCUUGCCGUUGCUGCUAUCCCUGAAGGUCUGCCUGCUGUCAUCACUACUUGCCUGGCUUUAGGAACCCGGCGCAUGGCCAAGAAGAAUGCCAUUGUCCGCAGUUUGCCGUCUGUGGAGACUCUUGGCUGUACAUCUGUCAUCUGCUCUGACAAGACCGGCACGCUGACCACAAAUCAGAUGUCUGUGUGCAGGAUGUUCAUUAUAGAUCAAGCCGAGGGUGAUCACUGCUCAUUAAAGGAAUUCACUGUUACUGGCUCCACAUAUGCCCCAGAUGGAGAAGUUUUUCAUGAUGGCAAACCAGUCAGAUGUUCCCAGUAUGAUGCCCUGGUGGAGCUGGCCUCUAUCUGUGCUCUCUGUAAUGAUUCCUCAUUGGACUAUAAUGAGACCAAAGGUGUGUAUGAGAAGGUGGGUGAGGCCACAGAGACAGCUCUCACCUGCCUGGUGGAGAAGAUGAACGUGUUUGACACAGAUGUUAAAGGCCUGUCCAAGAUUGAGAGAGCCAACGCCUGCAACUCUGUGAUCAAGCAGCUGAUGAAGAAAGAGUUUACACUGGAAUUUUCCAGAGACAGGAAGUCCAUGUCUGUGUACUGUACUGCUAAUAAAGCCCGUUCCUCUGUUGGAAAGAUGUUUGUGAAGGGCGCCCCUGAGGGAGUGAUUGACAGGUGCACACACAUCCGUGUAGGCAGCAACAAGGUGCCCUUGACCCCUGGCAUCAAGGAAAAGCUAAUGUCUGUGAUCAGGGAAUAUGGAACCGGUAGAGACACCCUGCGUUGUCUGGCUCUUGCAACCCGAGACCACCGCAUGAGCAAAGAUGAGCUAGCGUUGGAGGACUCCACUCGCUUUAUUGAGUAUGAGACUGAUCUGACAUUUGUUGGCUGUGUGGGCAUGCUGGAUCCUCCCAGGGCAGAGGUGGCAGCCUCUAUUCGGCUCUGCCGCCUUGCAGGCAUCCGAGUAAUUAUGAUCACUGGAGACAACAAGGGGACAGCUGUGGCUAUCUGCAGACGUAUUGGUAUUUUCGGAGAGGACGAUGAUGUUUCCAGCAUGGCAUUCACUGGCCGAGAGUUUGAUGAUCUGUCGCCUGCUGCGCAGAGAGAUGCUGUGGUCAAGGCUCGCUGCUUUGCCCGUGUUGAGCCUUCACAUAAGUCCAAGAUUGUAGAGUAUCUGCAGUCCUAUGAUGAAAUUACAGCCAUGACUGGUGAUGGAGUAAACGACGCUCCUGCUUUAAAGAAGGCUGAAAUUGGUAUUGCCAUGGGUUCAGGCACAGCUGUGGCAAAGACCGCCUCUGAGAUGGUGCUGGCUGAUGACAACUUUUCCACCAUCGUAGCUGCAGUUGAGGAAGGCAGAGCCAUUUAUAACAACAUGAAACAGUUCAUCAGAUACCUCAUCUCUUCCAAUGUGGGCGAAGUUGUCUGCAUCUUCCUGACUGCAGCGCUUGGAUUCCCUGAAGCCCUCAUCCCUGUUCAGCUGCUCUGGGUCAACCUGGUGACUGAUGGUUUGCCCGCAACUGCUUUAGGCUUUAACCCACCAGACUUGGACAUCAUGAGCAAGCCGCCACGCAACGCCCGCGAGCCCCUCAUCUCUGGAUGGCUCUUCUUCAGAUACCUAGCCAUUGGAUGCUAUGUUGGUGCUGCCACUGUGGGUGCUGCUGCCUGGUGGUUUGUUGCUGCUGAGGAUGGUCCAAGGAUCACGUUUUACCAGCUGAGCCACUUCUUGCAGUGUGGUCCAGAGAAUCCAGACUUCAACGGUCUUGACUGUAAGGUUUUUGAGUCUCCUUACCCCAUGACCAUGGCUCUGUCUGUGCUGGUCACCAUUGAGAUGUGCAAUGCCCUGAACAGCGUGUCAGAGAACCAGUCCCUGCUGAGGAUGCCUCCCUGGGAGAACGUGUGGCUGCUGGGCGCCAUCUGUCUCUCCAUGUCCCUUCACUUCCUCAUCCUCUAUGUGGAGCCUCUUCCAAUCAUUUUCCAGAUCACCCCUCUGAAUCUGACACAGUGGCUGAUGGUGCUCAAGAUCUCACUGCCCGUCAUUCUACUUGAUGAGAUGCUCAAAUAUGCUGCCAGGAACUACCUGGAGCCUGGUAAAGAACUGGAGAAGCCUGCCAGCUCGAAAGGCUGCUGCCUGUCUGCAUGUGUGGAGGGCAUCUCCUGGCCCUUCGUAGCCGUCUCCCUCCCCUUGGUCCUCUGGAUCUACAGCUCCGACACUAACUUGGCCGACAUGUUCUGGUCCUGACUGACUUGAGCACAACCUCGACUUUUCCAUUUUCCUCCACGCCCCACCCCCCCCACCAUCACCUCCCUCUGUCCUCUCCCUCUUCCCCUCUCUGCCUUCCUACAUGUGCAUAGCUUGCGUGUGUGCGUGUUUGUAGAGUUAGUGUGUGUACUUGUGCGUGCCUACCGUGUGUGUACGAGAAGGACCAACAUAUGAAAAGUAACAAAUAAUAUCAGAUGUUAACAUUGAGAAGUCACCUGGUUUGAGUUGGCAUAGGCCUUUUUGAAUGGGUGAGGCUUUAAAUGCGAGUGUUAGAAGACCAUCACUCCCGUAGCUGUGGACUUUGUUGCUGGUUUGAAAGAAAAUAUACUGUUGCCAGUUUUUUAUUAUUAUUAUUAUUGUCAAUAUUGCCUUCAAGGUUUUUAUUUUUAAUGAUUUGGGGAAUAUCAUUUGUCUUACAUCACUACAGUAACAGCAAAUAGUUUUGUUUAGCUUCCCUCUUCAAAUCGGGAUUUCAGAAAUCCAUUGAUCUGUAUAGAGAUUGAAUUUUAUGCAACCUUUUUUUUAUGGCUUUGUCAAUUGUUUGACCAGCGUGGCUUAGACAUACUGCCUUCUUUUGUUUUCUCAUGUUUACCAUUGUGUCUUCAGUAUAAACUCAGAACUCUUUCAGAGAGGACAAGCUCCAUGUGGCAGAAGAGGACGGGGAAAGGUUUGGGAGUGAACGUUUGAAUGCUCCGCUUAAAACUAAAGGAAAAAAAAAAUCUUGAAAAACGAAAAGCCGCAUGUCCUGUGACCAAGCAUGAACUGUAUGUGGUUUUUCAUUUCUAAUUUAAUUGUGUAUGCCCCCCACCCCAUGUUAGAGUAUUAAUAAACCUCAUGGAUGUUUUUUUUUUUUUUUUUUUUUUUUUACUAAAAUGAAUUGAAAAUAAGCCAGUUUUUCUGCACUGGGCAGAGCACAGCUACCUCAAUAUGAUAAAAGAUAUUUUUUUGCUCAUCUCUAGAUGCUUUUCCUAAAUGGUCUUGCUAAAGUGUAACAUCUGAGGUGUGCCCCUAUUUGCUUGUGCAGAAAACAAAGAACAAAAUUCUCCCUCUAACAUUUUUAAGGAUAUAUUUUGUUUGUAUUGAUUUUUUUGACUUUCAUUAACUUUAUUUGUGUUUUGCUCUGGAGACAGAACUGAGUGGGGAUGAUGUUUGCUAAUUAACAUCUCCGUGCUGUUUGAUUCAAAGGACAAUGAUAUUAAAAUCCUAAGAAAAAUACUAAUACACAAAGUACUCCAAAUGAACUUGAAUUGCAAGUAAGAACCCAAAAUGUUGUUUUUUACUUCAAAGAAAAAAUACACUCAUAAACCCUUUGAAUCAAAGUGUUUUCUGUGUUUAUUUAUUCAGGCCAGUUAUCAACAUUAUUCAUAUCCAGUGUUUGGUUUUUUUGUGCAUAUAAUACUUGAAUACAAAACAUUUCAGACAUGUGAAUGCGUCAGUGUCCUUGGCACAACAUGACGGGAGAGCAGGAGAUAUUCACAACACAGAGAAACAGAUCUUGUGUAUAUUUGACUCUUACGGGCUUUAAUGUUUAGAGGUCUUUGUGCCGGGCUUAAGUCAACUGCACUAAUCGUAGACCAAAUUAUUUUGUGUGGGAACGUCCACAGAAAUUUAAAGCAUGUUUUUGGGUAGAUGCCUGGGUUUGUUCGCACUGUGUGUUUGUGUUCCACUUACAACUGUGUGCUUUUCUUUCUCAAUGCCUUCCAUUGGCUCCCCUGUUACUAGAGUUGGCUCUCAUAAAAGCUUCGCACAUUUUUAAGAGUGGGCUCAGAGGCUGGAGUCACCUCUCCCGUCCAGCAUGUGUGCUCACUCUUACUUCACACACCUCAGACAACAUGACGACCAGCAGUGCGUAUACCCUUGCACAGAUUUAAAGGACAAAUUUUCACAGUAAUAAGACCAAAAUCAUGUGGGUAUACUUAAAAAUGGUUGGGCUGGAAACACAGUUCUCUUUGCCGCCAUGCACCACAACACAUGACCACACACAUACACACACACACACUUCUUAACACACUUAUACCUCUGUGUGCAGAUGCUACAUCAAUAUGACACUAUUCCAGUUUUGUGUGCAGGGAAGUUUUCAACACCCUCGACGUUCCUUCUUGCAUGAAGAACUUGUUUCCGACUUCCAUGGUAGCUUGUCACGUAGAGAAUCUUAAAAACACUGGGUUGAAUGGUCUUAGCUGUACAUCAGUGUACAAAACAUUCAUGCAUGCGUUUCAGCUGUAUGUAGGCUUUGCAAUUUGUAUUUAUAGAUUCUAAUGUAUAAUACUCAAAUGACAUUAAGAUGGUUUUAAGAUGGAUAUAUCAUAGAUAUGUAAAUCACUGUUUUUAUUGUAACGGUUUGGGGUAAUUUGCACAAUAUAAGACAUGGAGAAAUGAGUCAUGCUGAACUUGACUGUGCUCUACUUGAGUUUUUUUUACCUUAAUCUUUCCCCUUUGACAGGUACUGUAGGCCGAUCACUGAUCCAUUUACUUUCUGAUGAAGUAGUCCUUUGCAAUGAGGACAACAGACUAACACUUUGAUUCAUUGGUAAUCCUGCAAUACAACAGUGUUCUCCUGUUUUCUUAUUGCAUCUGCAUUACUGUUAUUAUUAUUAUCAUCAUGUAUCUUUAUCAACUGCUGUAAAACUGUGAUCUAAUGUGAGGGGGCCAUGCUGUCCCCUCAGCGACACCUGGUCGAAGAACAAUAUUAACCAUAUGUAAAAAGACGAUCAUUAUUGAUGAUUAAUAAUGGUUGUACAUGCAUUAUUGAGGUUGUGGUUUCAGGUAAAUAAAACAAUAUAGUAUUUGAA